AUGCUCCCAGGUUUUUGUUCUUUUCGCUAUGGAUUAUCUUUUCUCACACAUUCCUGUAAUGUUGUAAUAAUGGCACAACGCACAUGUCUGAGCCUCACAAUGGUGGCCAUGGUGAACACCACGUAUCUACAUGGGUUGCACAACACCUCCGCAGACGAGCUCCUGGAUCACGUAAAGAACCCUGUGUAUAAUUGGAGCCCAGAAAUCCAGGGAAUCAUCCUCAGUUCCAUCAUCUAUGGUACAACCUUAAUCCAAAUUCCUAGUGGAUACUUGUCUGGAAUAUAUUCUGUAAAGAAAAUAGUGGCCUGUGCAUUGUUCUUCAGCUCUCUGUUGAGCCUGCUCCUCCCACUGGCAGCUGAACUUGGAGAAACUUCGAUCAUUGUGUGCCGAGUAGUCCAAGGCAUAGCUCAGGGGAUGGCAGGAACAGCACAGCAUGCAAUAUGGGUCAAAUGGGCUCCCCCUAAGGAACGAGGCCUACUUACUUCUAUAAGUCAAUCAGGCUUUAUUCUGGGAUCUUUCAUUGUCCUGCUUGUGACUGGAUUCAUCUGUCAGUCCAUGGGCUGGCCCGUUGUCUUCUAUAUUCUUGGUGCUUGUGGCUGUGUCUUAAGUCUUCUCUGGUUCAUUCUGGUUUAUGAUGACCCAAAGGACCACCCAUGUAUAAGCAUCAGUGAGAAGAAUUUCAUCACAUCCUCCAUCACCCAGCAGUUCAGCUCAAGUCAACAAUCUCUACCCAUCAAGUCUAUGCUUAAGUCUCUUCCACUCUUGGCCAUUUGUCUUGGUUAUUUUGCUAGUUUCUGGACAAAUAACGUCAUGGCUCUAUACACGCCAAUGUAUAUCGAUUACACGUUUCAUGUUAAUAUAAGAGAGAAUGGGGUACUGUCUGCUCUCUCCUGUUUGUUUGGCUGGAUCUGUGCUAUCCUAGCAGGUAAGAUGGCAGACUUCCUUUUGUCCAGGAAUAUUCUCAGCACAAUUUCCAUUCGGAAACUCUUCACCUCACUAGGACUCCUCCUCCCUUCCCUCUUCAUUAUGUGCUUGCCUUACCUGAGUUCCAGCUUUCUCAGCACUAUCAUCUUCCUGAUACUUGCUAGUGCAACAGCAAGCUUUUGUAUGCCUGGAAUAAUGAUAAAUGCCAUGGAUAUCGCUCCUAGAUAUUACGGAUUUCUUCAAGGACUUACAAUAUUUUGUGGAAUGAUAGGAGGACUAAUUUCUUCUACUCUGACUGGAAUAAUCAUUAGUGAGGACAGAGAAGAGUUUCCUUGUGGUGAUGAGCUUAAGAAAUUUUCUGGAGAGAAGAAAAUCUGCCAACAGACCAGUGAAGAUCAUCCAGAUGAAAGCAGACAUAUAUGGCAGGGCAGAUAG